AUGACCGUUACCAACAAAUACGUUGUCAGUGGUAGCUUCAAUAUGGUAUUCCUACUCUUAUCUGUUCAGAGUAUCACAACAGUUGGGUUCCUCCAACUUUUCAAGUUUCUAAAUUUGAUAAAAUUUCGUGAUUACAAUCAAGAAGAAGCCAAGAAAUGGCUUCCUAUCACUGUUUUUCUUGUGGCUAUGAUUUAUACUGGGUCAAAGGCUCUUCAAUUCCUGCCAAUUCCAGUCUACACCAUCUUCAAGAACAUGACCAUCAUCUUUAUCGCUUAUGGAGAGGUACUCUGGUUCGGUGGAAAUGUGACACCAAUGAUGAUGGUUUCUUUCGGUCUGAUGACAUUAUCUUCUAUAAUUGCUGGGGGGAAUGAUGUCUCGAUGGCUCUAGGAAGUAUCUUUCAGCCGUACACCUCUUCUGGGGACAUAAAUACCUCUAUUACCAUGCUUGGGUACUUUUGGAUGUGUUUCAAUUGCGUCUCAUCUGCAGCAUUUGUGCUCUAUAUGCGCAAGAGAAUCAAGCUGACUAAUUUCAAAGACUUUGACACUGUCUACUACAACAACCUGCUUUCUAUCCCACUCCUCAUAGUGCCCAGUCUGUUGUUGGAAGACUGGUCAAAUGAGAAUCUCUUGAUAAACUUUCCUCCAGGGCAGCGCAAAGUGCGCAUCUGGGCAAUGAUAUUUUCGGGUGCUUCUGCAUUUGGAAUGUCUUACGCAUCUGCCUGGUGUGUCCGAACAACGUCUUCUACAACAUACUCAAUGGUCGGAUCGCUUAACAAGCUUCCUAUUGCUGUGUCGGGUAUCGUGUUUUUUGGUGACCCAGCUACAUUUUCUAAUAUCACUGCGAUAUUUACUGGGUUUGUGGCAGGUAUUGUGUAUUCGUUCGCAAAGGCAUAUCCAUCUGUCUUUUUGGGAUCAAGACCCAACAGCCCUUCAGUUUCUUCUGCUUCUAGUCAGAGUUACUCGGAUGCGAACAAGUAUGAUGAGAAAUCUAGAGAGCCAUGA